AUGUCCUCCAUCCGUCCAUUCCCCAAGAUCGACCACUUCGAGUCGCUGAUUUGGGCUGCGGCAAUGGGUAACUGUUUCUAUCAACAGUCUUUUCAGAUCUCCCGUUGUUCUAAUUUCUCCGUCAAAAGUGCAUGGAUCAUCGAAGCCAGUCAUGAACUUGCCUCCUCUGCCGAAUUGACGGGAUUCGACAUUGCCGCCCACAACUUUCCAGCGCCCGAGUUUCUUCCUGCCAACGUCAAGUUUUCGGUUCUGGAUGUCAUGACGGGCGAAUGUCCCUCGGAUUUGAUGGGCACUUUUGACGUCGUGCACAUUCGCUUUUUUAACGGCAUUGUCUUGAACAACGAAGCACAACCCUUGAUCACCACUGUUACCAAGCUCCUCAAGCCCGGUGGAUGGCUUCAAUGGGAGGAAAUGGAUCCUAGCACCCUGGCCACUAUAACUCCACGGCCCAACAUUGACACGACCUACUGCCAGAAACUGAUGGGUCUCAUCCUCAGCAUCGGCACAAUGGUUGGAACGAAAUUCGACUGGCUCAAGAAUUUCGAAAACGAGCUGAAGACGUUCAAUGACGUUCAAGUCAAACACGUCCCUCUCCCACCGGCAUACCACAAAGCCUGGACCGAGAACUAUCUGAUCCUGUGCGAAGAGAUAGCCGAGCGAAUGCCGCCCGCCGAAAAAGCCGCACCAAACGUGCCAAUCACGCGAGAAGGCUAUCUGGACAUGUUUGAAAAGGUGCUCGAGGAGGUCAAGAACGGCGCCGCGCUGAAUUCAAAGGACCUCAUCGCCGUGCUGGCGCGUUAUUAG